AUGGAGACAGUUCAAUGUAACUACGACCAGUGCACUGACCAGGCAGAUCUCUAUCUAGAAGACAUGGAUGUCUAUAUCUGUACUGCCCAUCACGAGGCUGAGCUCAGUACUGAGCCAGCUGUGCCUCUGACCGAACCUGAGAGUGUCAGGAAAGUAGUCAGGGUUGUCAAAGAAGCUCUAAGAAGCUUUGUGAGUUUUACAGAAGUCCAUUUUAGAGGAAGAGUUCCUCCUGAUUACCAAAAUGUGUUCCAACAAGUUGAAACGGAGAUACAACGCAUUUUGAGUGACUUACAUGAAGCUCUCACUGAAGGUUUUCACUAUAAGGUUGCUUCUCUACUUGAAGAUUCAACCAAGCUUGAAGAACGGCUGAGAGAGAAUGAAUUAUAUGUAACCUUUUCAGUGAAAAAGACUUGGAGACAAGCAGAAAUAGCUACAACUAUGGGCCCAAAGAUGGAUAUCCCAGAGACCUUCCAAGGCUUAAGGUCCCAAAUUUCUACCAUUUCUAACAGCAUAAGUGAGACUAAAAAGAUACAAGAAAGCUUGAAGGCAUCUACAUAAUUAAGGUUGCUGAAAAAGAUAGCGAUAUAAAAGAUGCUAGACAGACG